GGUUGCUACGCCGAGCGGUGGGGUGUCUUUGGCAUGGACCUGAUCCGGAGCUUCUGCGGGAAGCUGCGGUCUCUGGCAGUCACCCUAGACAGCGAGACAGCGCGGCUGCAGCGAGCGCUGGACGGAGAAGACAGUGGAAAGCAGCCUUGUUUUAUGCGCGACCAAGAGAACCGGCGGCGCUCGGGACAGAUUGGGCCCAGAAUGCGUGCCUGAUUUCCGCACGACUUUGAAGGUUAUCCAAUGAGAAUUUUACAUGACCUUCAUUCAGAAGUUCAGACUCUAAAGGAUGAUGUCCGCACUCUUCUUGACAAUGCAAGUUUGGAAAGUAAAAAAUGCAUUGGUUUCAUAAAGGCAGCAAACGUACUGAUGAGAAAAAAUUCUGUGGAUAUCAUGAAAAUAAGAGAGUUUUUCCAGAAGUAUGGAUAUAAUCCACGUGCCAAGAAAAAUUCAGUGGGUGAGCAAGAAGUCGUUGACUCCGAACCAGAGUACACUAGGGAUGAGACUCUUCAGAGGCCUGAUGUGAAGGGUGACAUGUCUGAUCCUUGUGGCCCACGCAGCUCUGUUUCUGAAAAGUCUCCAGGUAGUCCACAACUUGCAGAUUUUGGCCUUGAGCGGUACCUCAUCUCUCAAGUCCCACCAAACCCUCCACAGGUGGAAAACAACCAAAAGGAAGAGCCGCUAGUGAAAAUACAGAAAACUCCAAAGUGUGCACUGAAUAUGGACGAUUUUGAGUCUGUGACUCCUAAAUUAGAGCACGUUAGUAUCUCUGAAUAUACGAUGUGUUUAAAUGAAGAUUACACCAUGGGACUUAAAAACAGGAAGAAUAAGAGUGAGGAAGCCAUAGAAACAGAACCAGUUUCCACAGAGCAUUUCUUCACCACUCCUGGCCUCGUGAACCAGCAGUUGGGAAAAAAUGAUGCCGAGUGUACAGAGUCUCCCUCGGCACCUACAUUCUGCACUCCUGGUUUGAAAAUUCCUUCUACAAAGAACAGUACAGCUUUGAUGUCCACAAAUUAUCCACUAUCAAAAACAAAUAGUUCAUCAAAUGAUUUGGAAAAAAAAGACUGCACAUCGUUAGUUUUAAAUUCAGAAAAGUGCUUUGAGAAUUUCACGGCUCCCUCUUCUCCUCUGAUUUCUUCUUAUGAGAAUCUGCUCAGAACACCUACACCUCCAAAAGUAACUACAAUUCCAGAAGAUAUUCUCCAGAUUCUAUCCAAAUACAACCGAAACCUAGCUACUCCGGUGGCAGUUAAGGCCGGGCCACCCAGCGAAGCGUUCCUGACCAAGGGCGAAGAGCAGUGUGUCCGAGAUGUGGUAACACCAAAGCCAGUGGGAAAUUUUAGUGGGCUUUCUGUCCAUUAUGGAAACUGAACAGAUGAGGUGAACACAGAGCUGGACUGACUUUGCUGUUCACAUUCCCCCACAUCUUUCUCCUGUUCUUAAAACACCCCCCAUUAAAGCUGGAUGUGGACACUGAUGUCA